UUUUUUUUUUUUCCUUUUGUUAAUUACAAAUAUAAUUCCCCCCCACUCUUUUUAGUUAUUACUAAAAUUACUUAGUCUACAUCAAUGAAUAACCUUAGAUUAGUGUCAAAGACUUUUUAUAAUCGCCAGUUACUCACAGCACCUCGAUUUGUCGCAGCACCUAUUGUGAGUCAAAUAGCUCAUUUCAGCUCUUCUCGUAUUGCUCAUUAUGCUGCACCAACAAGAGUUCCAUCACAUUUAAUUAGUGGAAAACCUCGAGGUGUACUUGAUGUUGCUGCUCGUCAUUUAUUAUUAACAGAAUUGAUCAGAGGCAUGUGGGUUGUACUUGAAAACUUCUUCCGUCCCCCAUAUACCAUCUUUUAUCCAUUUGAAAAGGGUGCUAUUUCUCCUCGUUUCCGUGGUGAACAUGCUCUUCGUCGUUACGAAACUGGCGAAGAACGUUGUAUUGCUUGUAAGUUAUGUGAGGCUAUUUGCCCUGCUCAAGCUAUUACAAUUGAAGCUGAACCUCGUGAAGAUGGUGCUCGUCGUACAACUCGUUAUGAUAUUGAUAUGACAAAGUGCAUCUUUUGUGGUUUCUGUCAAGAAGCAUGUCCAGUUGACGCUAUUGUCGAAUCUCCUAAUUAUGAAUAUAUCACUGAAUCUCAUGAAGAGCUUCUUUACAAUAAAGAAAAACUUUUGGCUAAUGGUGAUAAAUGGGAAGUUGAACUUGCAAGAAAUAUUCAAUCUGAACAUCCUUAUCGUUAAAAAUAUAUAUACAUAUAUAAACGACAUACAUUAAUUUAUAAAUAAAAGUAUACAUUUCUCUCUC